GCUGAGCAUUUUGAUCGAUGCAGCAAGUUCGAUCCGGGCCGACCGACAAACGCAUCCGGAAUUUGCUCGAUCGUCUCCGCCAAUACCCCCAGCAACAGCCGUUAAUCAGUGUCGAAUAUGUCAACGAACCUAUGAGCGAGGGGAUCACCUCACUCGUCACAUGAGAUCACAUGAAAAUUCUCGACCCUUCCAAUGUCAACGAUGUACGAAAAGCUUUAACCGCGUUGAUCUCCUCAAUCGCCAUGUUGCCACUCACGAACGUAAUUUGGGCCAAAACCGUCCAGAGAUUAGACGAACCGAAAGGGCUGGAAAAGCAUGUAUAGCAUGCGCAGCAGCAAAGGCAAAGUGUGAAGAGCAAAAACCAUGCUUGCGAUGUCGUACAAAAGAUCUAGUUUGCGAGAUAUCUCAGCAAUCUCACAAGAAAAGACGCAUUUCGGGUAUUGCUCGGCAUAGGAACGAGCCACGUAACUCUAUUACAGAACGAGAAUCACUUCCUCGAGAUUCUGUCACUCAGCUUUCGAGUAUACCAGAUCUUAUUUUACAUAGCAUUGAUGAAAACGAAGAUUACACAACCACGAGUUCCUGUCCGGACAAUAGCGCAGAGAAUGCAGAAGCAACACUUCAGCCUUCAUAUCCCUUAUCCGCACUAAACACAGACAAGGAAUCAUCGGACUUUAAUUUUAUUCAAGACCAGCUACCUUUCGAUAGUCUCGCCAAUGAGAUGCUUUUCUUUCCUUCAACAAUUUUCAACAAUCAGAUCUCAGACUUCAGUUUCGAGGACUUCGACUUUCAAGAAGAGAAUUUCGAAUUUCCCUCCUUGACUUCAAAACGUCUUACAUUUGAUGAGACUACCAUUUCUGGGCCGUCACGAAAGGUCAAUGAUUCUAGGAGAGAUGUUGCUCGAGGGCAUGCAGCAUUUGCCCGCUCACCUUGGCUAUGGACGCCCGCUUCAACCGAUCACAUUCUCAGGGAUCGAGAUAAUUUAGCGAUUGAUGAAGAAAAUAUAUCUUUAAAUCUCUCCCCGAACGGUGCAAGGCCGUACCAGCAUCUUUCUAUAACAUCCUCUUUGCGAGACAAAAUGUUUCACCUCGUUUCUACCACUAACAGAUAUGCAAAUGGUAUACCAAGCUUUCCUUCAUUGGAUUUACUGAACUAUAUAAUUGAAGCAUUUUUCUGCCAGCAAAGCAAUCAAGUUGGUAAUUGGAUUCAUACCCCAACAAUAUGUUUAAAAGAUGUCCGACCAGAGCUUUUGAUUGCCAUCGUGGCUGUUGGUUCUACUUCCAUUUCCUUACCUGCUAUAUGGAGAAUGGGACUGGCCCUUCAAGAUGUAGUGAGAUUGAGUGUAUCUGAAUUGUGGGAAAGGGCUAAUAGUAACACCCGUAAGCUCCAGCCGCUACAAGCCUGGAUGCUUUCUCUCGAGCUUGGGUUAUGGAGCGGUUUUAAGAGAAACACGGAACUGGCCGAGAGCUUUUCGCAGCCUAUGAUUACGAUGAUGCGUCGUGGUGGAGUUUUAUCAGCCCCUUUAGAUUCCCAAAAUCUAAUACCUAAUCAAAAUGAUACUGGACAAACUCUGGAAGCAAAAUGGCAGACAUGGGCGCAAAGAGAGUCUUUCAAAAGAUUAUCUCUCAAACUAUUCCAGCAUGACACUCGUUCUUCUCUAGCCCUUCAGAAACCCCCAUUGAUGAACUUUACGGAACUAUCUUUCUCAGUGCCUGCAUCUCGUGAACUUUUUUUGGCCGAAUCCGCAACGGAUUGGAAGUCAAAGUACAUGAAAAAAUUACAUUCACCCGUGGUCCCACCACCUCGCUUGAUCGAUUUCAUGCACAAUUUCUGUGGUCUCGAGAAUAUGGAUGAAUCUUGGGAUAUAGAUCUAUGUUGUGAAGCAGCUUUGAACGGUUUUUGGGGUCAAAUCUGGGCAGUCGGAGAGUCAACCCGUUUUCAUGGCAUUGAUGAAAAUAGAGACUCUGUGCACCGAUUAUGGAUAACUACUCAACAGCGAGAGCUUUAUCGGGAAGUCGAAAGCUUUCGAGAGAGAGCCUUACUCAGAACAAACUCACCAAUAGGAUUUGAAUUUACAGCCGAAUUAUUUUUGCUGGCUUUGUGUGUUUCACCUGAUGAGUUACAGCGAUUCGCUGGUAAAUCAGGUCAAGAAGCAGCAUCUCUGAGUCUAAAAUCAUUGGAACGAUGGUAUACGACGGAACGUGCAAGGAGGGCAAUUUGGCACGCAGGACAAAUCUUUAACUGUGCUUCCUUUAUGGCUCCCGCUCAGCUGCGGGAUUUCCACGCUGUUGCCCUUUACUUUGCCAGUCUUACCAUGUGGGCAUAUGGACAUCUAUCAAAUAGCCUCACCCGCGAGAGUAAUAAUGAGAUAAAUAAGACUCGGGAUUACUCUCAACCAGAGAUUAAUCUUAUGGGACCCGACAGUCGCGAGACUCGGACAUUCAUAUCCACUGGUCAAGGGGCGGCAAUUCUAAUUCGGGUACCUCGAAAUGCGUUGGAUAUCAAUAAUACAACCGGAACGUCUGAAAAUGAUGAUUUCACUUUGAACAAUGAAAAGAUUCAACUCAGUAACCCUAAUUCGGUGCUUAAGAUGGCACGGGAUCUUUUUCGGAGUAACUUUCCAAUUCUAGAGGAACCACUUCCGCCUCUGGUGGAGAAUUGUAGCAAUUUGAUGAGGGAUCUUAGUGAUGUUCCCGAAAGCCGAUUUUCUAGAUGUGUUAGUCCGGUAGAGAAAUGAGAAACUUGUUUGAGGCACGGUCAGUUUUUUGCUAUUAUGCUGGUGUGUACCAUUUUUGUUAGUUGGGCUAAGUGAUGUCUUCGAUAGUCCAAACUGCGACCCAAGAAUGAAAGCAAUUCGAAUCUUAAGUUUAUUAUAGUUGAGGGUCACACCCUUUAGAAAAUGUAGAUCACUCAAAGAAUUCAUAACUUUCGGCA